UUAUGUAAAAAGCUAGCAUUUUCAACAGGAAUUUCAAAUUGCUCUUUAAUAAAAACAAAUACUAAAAUUUGACAGGUAAUAUUAAGAAAUAAAUUAUUGUAGCUCAAUAAGGACAUAAUCAAACUCAUCUUGGAUGGGUGUCUCCAGUAGAUUACAGAUUUGGAAGAACCAUGUUGUAUAUCACUUGUGCUAUUGGAUUCUUUUGUGCAUAUAUGGACCCAGGAGUCUUACAUGAAACAGUAUCAUUCAUAAUUAAUUUUAGUUUGGACAUUUCAAAUAACCACCCAAAUAUGUAUUGGUAAGAUUUCUGCAUUAAUGAUUUAAUAGGGAUUUGGAAAAGGACUUGAUGGAGAUGAGAAGAAGUUGAAUCAAUAAAUAUUGGACAGACAUCAUGCAGAAGAAUAAUUAGAGCAUUUCAAACACAAUAUCACCUAAUAUGAUGGUAAAUGAU